UAAAAAGGCUCACUUUCAACCAUCCAUCACCAUCAUCUUCCUCAUCUUCUCCAAAACUCCAUCACAAACCCUUCUCCUUCCUUCCUUCCUUCCUUCCUUAGGGACGUAUUUUACCCUAACCCUAAAUCACCACCACCAACAAGUCAACAACAAGACGGCGGUCGGCGGCUACACCAUGCACCACAGCGACUCCUCUACAGCCGCAGCCUGCUUCUACGGCGGCGGGGAACCGAUCCAGCUGCCUUAUUCCCCUUGGUCAACUUUCCCACACCAUAAUCCGGUCAACUCAUACGAAACCCAUCACCAAGACCAAUUCCUCAUCCCGCCGCCUCUUCCGUCUUCAUCAUCAUCAUCGUACGGUGGGUUCUUCAACCGAGGCCCGUCGUCUUUGCAGUUCGCGUACGACGUCGGAUCGUCGGCAGCGGAUCAUCUGAGGAUCAUAUCCGAGACGUUGGGCCCGGUGAUCCACCACCAUCAUCCGUUUGGGCUGCAGGCGGAGAGGAUGACGGCCCAGGAGAUCAUGGACGCCAAGGCCCUGGCCGCUUCCAAGAGCCACAGCGAGGCCGAGCGGCGGCGCAGGGAGAGGAUCAACAAACACUACGCCAAGCUCCGCUCCUUGCUCCCCAGCACCACCAAAACGGACAAGGCGUCGCUGCUGGCGGAGGUGAUCCAGCACGUGAAGGAGCUGAAGCGGCAGACGGAUCUAAUAGCCGAGACCACCCCGGUCCCGACGGGACUCGACGAGCUCACCGUCGACGCCAACUCCGACGAGGACGGGAAAUUCGUCAUCAAGGCCUCCCUCUGCUGCGAGGACAGGUCCGACCUUCUCCCUGACGUCAUCAAGACCCUCAAGGCGCUGCGCCUCCGCACGGUGAAGGCCGAGAUCACCACCCUCGGCGGCAGGGUGAAAAACGUCCUCUUCAUCACCGGCGACGACGACGACGACGAAAACGCCGACGAGGGAAUUCAUCAGUAUGGGCAUCAUCAGCAACAAGCGGUGCAGCAGUACUCGAUAAGCUCGAUCCACGAGGCGCUGAAGACGGUGAUGGAGAAGGGCGGCGGAGGGGAUCACGAUUCUUCUUCUUCUUCCGGGAGUGUCAAGAGACAGCGGACUACUAACAACAACAACAAUGUUAACGUGAACAACAUCAUCGUACAACGUGAAUAACAGGUCUCUAUAACGUAUUUUCCUUGGUGCAUGUUUUUAUUAAUUAUGGGUUAGCGGAGAGGUGUCUCUAUGAUUUAGGAAAAAAAGGAGACAUCUCUCGAUUGGUUCUUACUCAAAAUGUCUUUUGGUUCAGUUUGUGUGGUGUGGCGUGUGGUUUUCUUCUUCUUUGCUUGUAUUUUUUUUUUUUUUAUAUAUAUAGAGAGUUAUAAAUGAAAUACUACGUACGUAGGACACUUUGUUUGUUCUUAGCGUUGAAAUGAUGAUGAGAAGUGACGAAGAAGAAGGACAAGUCUCUCUGGGUGUGUUUGUUUGUUUGUUUGUUGGGUGCAUAAGGUUAUUUACGUACUUUUACUCACUUUGUUGGUUGGUUUUACAACUCAUCGUCU